GCAUCACGACUGCGCUAUCGCUGCGGCAACUCAGACGUCUGCUCCAGUCCUCGACAGCUGCACGUCCCGGUCCUGCAGCUCUACACACCCUACACAUUUUCUCCUCUUGCGCAUCGUCGAGCGCACUACCGUAGCCAUGAAGGUCUCCGCUGUUCUCAUCGCUGCCUCCAGCGCUGUAUCAGUCUCGGCAGCCGCGACCUGGAUGACAGGCGGCAACCAGGCCGUGAUCAACGAGGCAUUCAAGGUUCCGGGCGACAACCCUCUGUACUUCUGCGAAGACCCCAAGGACUACAUCCUGGAUAUCGAGAAUGUCGACCUGGACCCCAACCCACCUCUACCGGGCCAGACUCUCAGCAUCACCGCCAAGGGUGACUUUAGCAAGGAGAUCGAGGAGGGUUCCAAGAUGCACCUCACAGUCCGCUACAACAACCUGAUUACCCUGAUCAAUCAGGACGCCGACACUUGCGAGACGGUCAAAAAGGCCGACUUGGAAUGCCCGCUGAAGAAGGGCGAGAUGAAGCUCACCAAGGAUGUCGACCUUCCCCAGCAGAUCCCUCCGGGCAAGUACAACGUCAAGGCCGAUGUCAAGACCAAGGACGGCGAUGCUAUCACCUGCCUCACCGCCGAAAUCAGCUUCCACCGGUAAAGACUCCACGGCGGCGGCCCUGCCCUCGAUGCGAACGAGGCGUCUCUGAACGCUUUCCAGAUCUGUGCAAGUAGGAAAACGACACUUUCAAAUGUCUGGAUUGGGUGUAAAUAUCGUGCAGAACCGGUUGCGGAACGAGCUUUGAAUUCGAUGCUACUGGGUUUGACAAUGUGGACGAAGUUGCGAAGGGAACAUGUUCCGGUCGGUCUAGGCCGAGCUUGCAUUCGAGCCGAGCGAGAUAUCCAUUGUCUGUCGUUUUUCUGGUGGAUUUGGGGAAGGUAAUCGCUGUGUAUCAGUCAUGCUGUCAUGAGAUUAUGGAACUUGAUUUCGUUCAUGCAGAAUUGGAUAUCUCAAAUCGUG